AUGUUGUUUGAAUGCCCACCAGCCCGCCAGGCCUGGGCUCUAUCCCCUAUCCCAACGCCACUACAGUCCUUUCCUACGGAUGCACUUUUCUCUAAUAUGGCACACCUCUUUUGGGGUCUUCCAAAGGAUGAUGAUAUGCUCAUAUUUCCUUGGUUAUUAUGGUUCAUUUGGAAAGCACGUAAUUAUAAAGUCUUUUCAAAUGAUGACCAUGAUCCGCCGGAUGUUCUGGAAUCAGCGAUAACAGAAGCACGUGCAUGGGCUACUGCACAAACGGGAGAAAUAAUUGGACCAAUGGCUAGGGUCUCAUAUCCACGGACUGAGAUCGAGGGUGAAUGGUGCCAAAUAGAUGGAGCAUGGAAAGACACAGAGUGUCGAGCGGGUCUUGGUUGGUAUAACUUUGAUCCCGCGUCAUGUUCAAUCUUGGUGGGCUCAUGUAAUUUACGGCGAGGUUUAUCACCUCUGCAGACAGAAUUGGAAUCAUUAGUUUGGGCUAUGCAAAGUAUGCUAACCCACAACAAAAGGCAAAUGAAUUUUCAAACAGAUUGUUCAGAGUUGGUAACCAUGGUGUCAAAACCUCAGGACUGGCCGGCUUUUGCGAUUUUGCUUGAAGAGGUGGAGAAGUGCAAAAGGAGUUUCCAGGCGUUCUCUCUAACUCAUAUCCCAAGAACGAAGAACACGAAGGCGGACAAGUUAGCACGGAGUGCUCGAGAUCAGCCUUAUGACGUGUAUUAUGUAAACACAGUUCCACCGGUCACGCUUCCCGUGCCGAAUUAG